GCGGGCCGGAAGGAGUUGGGCGGAGCCUCGCCUGAGGUGACGCCGCCAUCUUGGCCUGCGCCCAUGGCCGCUAACGGGGACCAACGGGCACCGGAUUGGACCGGAAGUCUGGAGCCUGCGGCCCACGAGAACCCCGAGUGGGAGAAGGCCCGAAGAGCCCUAGAGAGUAUCGGGAAAGGGGGCGGGGCCAAAGGGGGCGGGGCUCAGUACUCCUCAUCACAGGGGGACCCCAACCUGCAGCAGACCCCCUACUACCAAUGGUACCAGCCCUAUAGCAGCUACUACCCCUAUGGCUACUACUACCCUAUGGGGGUUUACUCCGGUUAUGGGGCCACGACGACGCAGACAACGGCAGCCUAUGGGGCAGGGGGGGGCUAUGCUGCUGCCCCACAGCAGGCCCCACAGCAGAGCGGCCUGGGGCAGCAGCCCCCAGUGCCAGGCCUGGACGAAGCCCCCCCCUAUGGCACCCCCCAACCCCAGCUGCCCCCCAACCCCCCCCCCCGGCCGCUCCCACCCCUGCGGGGGGGGGGGGGGGCAGGAGGGGGGUCGGGGCCCCCCCAAGCGGCCUCUGCCCCCCCCCCCCCGUACCCCCCCCAUGGCUAUGGCAGUGAUGGCUCCGGCCCCAAGGGGGGCAAGAAGGGGCAGCUCUGGAGCCGCAUGAAGCAGGCCCCCGGUUCGGGGGGGCUCAAGUUCCAGCUGCCCAAGCGCCCGUUCGUGUUGAGCUCUGGGUUCAGUUCCCCUCCCCCCCCCGAGCAGCGCGGGGCUCCCCCCGCCCCCCCCUUCACCCCCCCCGCGGGGACGGACAAGCACCAUGGGCACGGGGGUCAGCCCGAGGCCUGGCCCCCCGCCAUGAAGCAGUAUGUCCAACGCUGCUUCACUGCCUGCGAGUCAGAGGAGGACAAGGACAGGACAGAGAAGCUGCUCAAGGAGCUGCUGCAGCAGAGGCUGCAGGAUGGGAGCGCGUUCACCAUAGACUGGAGCCGGGAGCCCCUGCCAGGCCUCUCCCGCGACCCCCCCACCGGCAGCCCCAAGAAGCCCCCUCCCCGUUGGACCCCCCCCGGAGCCUCGGGGGGUGUGGGGGGGUCCCAGCCCCCCCCCCGCACCGGAGCCCCCCCCCCCCACCGCGGUGGUAGCGUCCGACCCCGAGGGAGCACAACCGGAACCCGGUUUGGGAACAGGAACGUGUUCAUGGGGAACAGCUCAUCCUCCUCCAGUGCCAACUCACGGUCACCGUCACCGGCACCGGCCAGGAGGGGACGGAGGAGUGACUCAGACUCCGAGAGCUCAGGAUCAGGCCCCGAGGGGCGACCAGGACCCCGGAGGGGACCCCCCAAAAACCGGGGGGGGAGGGGGGGGGCCCAUGGAGAGAGGGGUCGUAUUAGGGUCCAGAGGGGAAAGAGACCCGACCCCCUCCCCCCCCGCCGCCCUCGCCGCCGCCCGGCCCCGGACGCGGACGACCCCGAGCGGGAGGUCAAGCGCCAGCGCCGCGCCGCCAGGUUCCAGGGGGGGGGUUCCCGGCGGCCCCGGGCGGAGCCGCUACCGGAUGUGCCGACUUCCGGCCCCUCCCCCCCCGACUGGAGCCAGGUUCAGGUCAUGGGAACCUGCCAGGACCUGACCAAACGUUACCUGAGGCUGACGUGUGCCCCGGACCCUGCCAGUGUGAGGCCUGUGCCGGUACUGGUUCGGGCCCUGGCUCUGGUUCGGGCCCAUUGGCAGCAGCAUCAGGAUUAUGCCUUUGCCUGUGAGCAGCUCAAGUCCAUCCGGCAGGACCUGACUGUUCAAGGUGUUCGCACUGAGUUCACUGUUGAGGUCUAUGAGGCUCAUGCGCGAAUAGCCCUUGAGAAGGGUGACCACGAGGAGUUCAACCAGUGUCAGACUCAGCUCAAGUCUCUCUAUGGGGAGAACCUGCCUGGGAACGAGGGAGAGUUCACAGCCUAUAGGAUCCUGUACUGCAUGUUCACCUGCAACACGGGGGAGCUGACCCUGGAGCUGGCCGCUCUCCCCUCCCCCCUCCGCCGCUGCCGCCUCCUGGCUCAGGCUCUUGAGCUUCACUGCAGCCUGACCCAUAGUGUGACCCAUAGUGUGACCCAUAGUGUGACCCAUAGUGUGCUGACCCUGGAGCUGGCCGCUCUCCCCUCCCCCCUCCGCCGCUGCCGGUUCCUGGCUCAGGCUCUUGAGCUUCUCUCCUCUUGGGCCCUGGGGAAUUUCCGUCGGUUUUUCCGCCUCUACCGGCUGCUCCCGACAAGCUCCGCGCGGCUCGUGGACCUGUUCAGUGACCGCGAGAGGGGGAGGGGCCUGAGGGCCUUGAUCAGAGCCUUCCGGCCCACGCUGCCCCUGUCCGCGGUCGGGGUCGCUCUGGCCUUGGACAGCCCCGAGAGCCGGAGCCGCUUCCUGGGGUCUCUGCCUCUGUCCUACUGCGGCCCCGACGCCAUCGACUGCAAGCGGAGCCUGCUGGCGCUGACCCACAGCGACACAUAGAGACACAUAGAGACCCAUUGCUGCCC